AUGCAGCGGAUCGAUCCCCGCCCCGUCGACACUCCAGCACAACAACAGGCGCAAGACCAACAAUCUCAAGGCCAGGGCCAGGGACAGGAGCAGAAUGGUAGUACACGACAGUCGCAACUGAAUCUCCCGCCGGGCUUCUCGAGUACGGGGAGAGAACCGCAUACGCAGAGUUUUGAGGAGAUCUAUGGCGUGCCGGAGAAUUUCUUAGAGAUUGAGGUAACAGACCCGCAAACGCACCAACCUUCCUCGAACCCGAACUCGCGCUAUACUACCUACCUGAUUCGUCUGAGCACCAACAUUCCCGCUUUCAAACUUCGCCGAUCUGAGGUGCGGCGACGAUACAGCGAUUUCGAGGUGUUUAGAGAUUUGCUUGAGAGAGAGUCGGCGAGGGUCAGUAUACCACCUCUGCCGGGGAAAGUGUAUCUGAACAGAUUUGAUGAUGCGGUUAUUGAGGAGAGGAGAAGGGGACUGGAGAGGUUCUUGAAGAUUGUGGUGGGACAUCCGCUUUUGCAGACGGGCAGUCGCGUGUUGGGCGGGUUUGUGCAGGAUCCGAACUGGGAUCGGAAUGCGUGGUAG